AUCUAGCAUUCUCAAUAUGAUUUCUUCCUUUCUCUCGCCAUCUCUUCCUCUCCAUCAAAUCAUUUCUUCUUCCUGCCAUCUUCAUUCCAUUGUACUUCUAAAUCCUAAAAAAACAAAUCUACUUUUCAAUUUCAAUUUCUGCUUUCUUUCCUUUUUCACUCUCAAAUCUCAAAACCCGUACACAGUUUCUAUGAUUUACAUGGCAAAUCAAGGACUGCUUAUCGAGAUGGAAAGGGAAGCUCAAUCUGAGGGUCGAGGGUCUUAUGCUGUGUCUAGAAAGGCUGUUGCUGAAACUCCGAUCAACAGGAUCUAUGGAAACCGAGAGGAUAUUGAACAUGUCAGUGGUAGGGUGUCUAAGGACUUCAGGGGUAAGGACUUUCCUAUGGUUAUUAACUUGGAUGGGGUGGGUGGUACUGAACAUGAUUAUUGUGUGGCAUUACCUGCUGAUGAACUUGAUCUGGCAGUGAAAAGAAUGGAGCAUAUUAUUUGUAGAGGAUCACCCCUCACACCCCCUUGGGACAAGGUGUUAGAUAGCCUAGGGUUCAAGAGAGCAUGUGGCACUUUUCGUCUUUGGAGGACAGAUACGUUCGGACAAGGUGUUACAAGUUACAACACGUUUGGACAAUGUGUUAGACCUCGGCUCAACAACCACUUCAGAUGAAUUUUCUAGUCCAGCAAACCAGAAAAUUUCAGAGACAGAUCAUGAUAAGGCUCCUUUGAAGACAAAACUCUUGCUAAAGUGUAUGAAAAAUGCAGUUUAGCAGUUACAGAACCAGCUAAUUAUGAUGAAGCCUCAAAAUUUGAAGAAUGGAAUGUAGCUAUGAAAGAAGAGCUGGCGAUGAUAAAAAAAUUAUAAAAAUUGGUCACUCAC